AUGAAAAAAAAUUUAUCAAUUUUACUAUUUUAUUUUCUCCAAUUUGCUUCUAACAUAUCAGGCAAAAAUUCUAUUGAGAGUUCAUUAAAUGAAUCUAAUGAUGCUAAUGAAGUUCAAGUAGAAAAUGAAAGUGAAGGUGAUGAAGAAAAAUAUUUUUCGGUAUUUCUAUUUUAUAAUAAACGUUUCUUAAAUAUUUUAAAUUUAAACAUAAGUUAAAUCUUCUGGAUAAUAAACUCUUUGAUUUUGCUAGUGGACUUGAACCUCUUUCGGAAAUAAUAU